AAAUUUGAGGACCAACUGCAAAAUUUACAGAUUUUCAUUUCUUGUUUCUUCUCAAUUGAUUAAUUUUGCAUUAGAUAUGUAGAGGUUAAUUAUGUUUAUCUUACUGACAUUUUAUACAGAAAUACUUUGAAAGAAGGCCAAUUACAAUGGAGUGUGUUGUACAGGGGAUCAUUGAGACCCAGCAUGUUGAGGCCCUUGAGAUUCUUCUUCAAGGUCUUUGUGGUGUUCAGAGAGCGCGCCUAAGGAUCCAUGAAUUCUGUCUGAAAAGUGGUCCUAAUCUUGAGGUUCGACUUUUGUGUGACCUUGAGCAGCCAGAACCUGCUUGGACUGUUAAACAUGUUGGAGGUGCAAUGAGAGGUUCUGGGGCUGAACAAAUCUCUGUCCUGGUGAGGACUACGGUGGAAAGCAAAGCAAGCAAGAACGUGCUUCGCUUAUUUUAUGCCCUUGGCUACAAAUUGGACCAUGAGUUGCUGAGAGUGGGGUUCACAUUCCAUUUCCAAAGAGGUGCUCGGAUAACUGUUAAGGUGUCAUCUGUUAACAAGAUGACGAGAGUACACGCAACUGAUGAGGCUGUACCUGUAACUCCAGGGAUACAGCUCGUUGAAGUAACAGCACCUGCAACACCUGAAAAAUAUUCUGAAGUUGCUGCUGCAGUAUCAUCCUUCUGCGAAUAUCUUGCUCCGCUUCUACAUUUGUCAAAACCCGGUGUUUCAACAGGGGUUGUUCCAACUGCCGCGGAAGCAGCUGCAUCUCUUAUGUCAGAUGGUGCAGGCACAACUUUGUAGUGGGGACGUAACGGAGCUUGAUAUUGAGGGAUAAUUGUAUUGACAACGGAAACUAUGUAUUGGCACGAUUCUUGUUUAUUCUUAAGCCUCCAUCGUUUGUGUAGAAACAGAUUGCUUCUCAUGGGCGAAUAAAUGGUACAAGUUAUAACCUCUAAAGAAAAAAAUUAAUUUAAGUUUGGAGUUGUUCAGUAAGAUGCAUUGCUGCAGGAUGUGGGGCAACGAUCGAGUGAAGUGUUCGUCGGACUCACAUUUAUGCUUCUACUGUACUUCCCUUCUCAUGUGCUUUCGGAAUAUAAUUAGUCUAGGUCUGAAAUUUGCUCAUUUCUAAAUAAGGUUUGGAUUGAAGUCUUAGCUUGGAGUACAUUUUAUCGGAGAGAAGGGUCAUUUUUUGUCAUAAAUUUAUGUGGCUAGAUCAGUUAGGAAUAAAUUUAUGUGGCUAGAUCAGUUAUGAAUUUUGAAAAAUUAUAGUUUUCGGCAUAUUUUAGUUUUUUUAAACUGAAACCAAUGAAUAUAUUUUAUUUUAAA